GCCAAGGAUAAAACUCAGAUGACUCCUUUGCAUGUGGCAUCCAGCCAGGGUUCCUUUUCUGUUGCCAAAUGCCUCAUUGAUGCAGGAGCUAACUUAAGAAGCUUAGAUGAGGAACAAAUGACACCUAUGCAUUUUGCUUGUAUGGAAGGAAGUCUUGAAGUCGCCAAGCUGUUGUUUGAAACAGGUGUGUAGCUAUUAAGGAACUCCGGGUGUUGCUUUAGGAUCCACAAGGGAGAAAGAGGGCAGCUUUUACUAAGGGAAAUCAAUUUGCACAUUACUGUAAUUAGAAUUGAAAAAACUCUAGAAUCAGCAUUCCCAAAAGCACAAAGUGUUCACAAACACUUACAAGAGGUGGUCUUUUACAAGAGAUUUUAACCAUAGGGCUCUGACGUGGUAAAGUUUAGUCUUUUGGACAGGUGGUCUGCUGUAUUACUUUCUUUUUAUAAUUAAAAUUAUUAUUAUCAUCAUCAUGAUCGUCAGUGUCAUCGCCAUCAUCAUCAUCAUCAUCAUCUUUGUCCUCAUCAUCAUUAUUUUCAUUAUUAUAAUCAUUAUCAUUAUUAUUAUGAUGAUUAUUAGUAUUAUCAUUAUUAUUAUCAUUAUCAUUAUUAUUAUUAUUAUCAUAAUCAUCGUAAUCAUCAUUUGAUUAUCAUUAUCAUUAUUAUUACAUUCUUCUGUACUUAGCUGAAGAGCAAGGUGGAUGGUCCAUAGUGUCCAAAAUGGUAACAGACCAAGAUCGAGAAGAACAAACACCCCUUCACCUUGCAGUUGAGGAUGGUGAUAUUAACCUGGCAAAGCUCUGUCUGGACUAAGGAGCAAACGUUAAUGCACACAAGGUUAACAUGAGCACUCCAUUGCAUCUGGCGGCCAAUGGCGGAGAUUUGGACAUUGUCAAGAUGUUAAUAGAACAUGAUGCCAAUAUAGAAGCAAAGAAUGCCAGUCAAGAAACACCACUGCACAGAGCAGCUCAGUUUAACAGGGUAGAGAUUGUUGACUAUCUCCUAAGCAGGUAAGCUAUUAGCAGCGUUCACUCUAGAAGACUGACAAGUUGUCUCAGACGGUAGCCUGUUAAAAGGUGCAGACACUCUAAACCGUCUGAAUGGUGGACUUCUGUGAACUGCUGCUUAUAUGCCCUAGGGUUAUCCAUCUUUGUAAGGAGUUUAAGCCGGAGGGUUUAUAAGAACGGAGGGGUUUAUAACCGCAAUAGAAAAAGCACUUUGAAACAAGCUUUAGCAGUGCUGAUUAAAAUGCGUUUUACAUUUACAUGGCCGGGUUGUUCACGGUUUUCAAUAUAGGGACCUUAAGCAAGGACGACAACGACGGCAGUGAAAACGUCGGUAAAAAAAUGAAUUUACGUUCUUUCAAACUUAAUCGCAUCUAUUUGGACCCGCUCAAUAUGUCAAAUUUAGGCGACUUUUCCUGGAGUUGAAUUCUUAAGGAUUUUACUUAGGUUCAAAAAGAGGAAGGAAAAUUCGUCGUCGUAUGUCCACGUCCUCCUUAAAACGUCAAAUUAGAAGGUUUGACGUCGUAGUCGUGGACGUCAAAGAAAUCUACUAAAAAGCGUGAUGCACGUGCAGAGCUGUUGUUUUGAUCAUUAAGGUGAUGUUACACGGGACGAUUCGCAACGACGAUUUUUAGCGCAACACAACGUUGCAUCAUUGUUGCGACAUUGUUUCGAAUGGUUGCAACAUUGUUCCAAUAUUGCAACGUUUUCUUGCGCUAAAAAUCGUCGUUGCGAAUCGUUUCGUGUAACAUCACUUAAACCUAUUGUUUUGUGGAAGUCGUCGUUGUGGUCGUCGUGGUAGUUGCUUAAGCUCAUAUGAGCCGGUGGCUGGCGAAAUUCGUCGCCCAUUUCACGUGAACUCGCCACCUACUUUUCUUUGGAAAUAACCCCAGUUUAAAAAGAGUAUUCAUGUGCGGACACUGAAAAAAAGCCAAAAUGUAAUAAUGUCUGUGAUCUGUUUAAACACUCUUAAUUUUUGCUCCAGACUGCUGAAAAUGCGUUCUAAAAGGCGCAGAUUUCAAAAUUUUUCCAGAAACUCAUUCGCACCUUCAGUGCUUGCAAGUCACGCCUUCGCCGCGAGGUUUUUCCUUCUCCAUCUACUCCAAAGCUUUUGCCACCUACUUAAAAUCUUAUUGAAAACCCUGGUUGUUCAAAGCUGGGUUAAAAUACUGAACCCUGGGUUAGUGCGAAAUUUGAAUUCCGGCAGUGGUGAAAGCUUAAAAAGCAAAUUCAAUAUCAAUCUUUUUGUAUACAGUUUGAUGAUUGGAUGCUCUAAAAAGAAUGGAGAAUGUUAUCCGAGAAAUGCUUUUGAACAACCUUGGGUUAGCGCUAAUCGGCCUUCAAACAACUGGACCCUGGUUUUAAUUUAAGCAUUUAAAAACGUGAGAAUGAAUCGAAUUCAUCUCAUUACAAGCUGGAGGCUGACGUAUAGUUGGAUGUCUUUCCUGUGUACAAGUAGAUGGGCCAAAAACUGAAAACGGAAGGAAAACAUGUUGCACGUGCAACGUCGUCCGAUUUGUUCGUCUAUAAAGAUGACUGAUUUUCCCUAGUCAAUUUGUUUGUAUAGACAUACAAGUCGUCCAAAAUCCGACGUAAAUUCACGCCUGGCGAACAACAAGGGUGGACGACUUGUCCGUGUGCAGAGGAUUUUUCCGUCUGCUGGUGUGAAAAUUACCAUUAUUUUACUGUAGGUGCUUUUUUCUUUCCUAUCUCACUUGCCUACUUGGUACGCAGGUAGCACACCCACGUCGUGGGUUUCGUGGACCACUCAUUAUCCUAGUGGAAAUUGGAAGUGUUAGGUUGCUUAUGUUACCAUUUAACCAAAACUUCGAAACUUUCGGACGGAAGGUUAGUGGUUAGAUCAUUUUCCUGAAAUUCCAACCGAAAAUUGAGGAAUGUGUUUAAAGGCAGUCCUUAUAUCCCGGUUUUUACGAGCUGAAAAGCCUCACAGAAGGCCAUGCACUAACCAACUAUGUUAAUCUCUAAUCCUUUCAUUUUUAGAGGUGCGUACAUUGAGUGUCGAGAUAAGGACAAAGACAGUCCUUUGCUUAUAGCAGCAUCUAAGAAUCACCUAGAGACAGUCAAAAGCCUUUUGGCUCACGGUGCUGAUAUCAGCGCAAAGGAUAUUGAUGAUGCCACACCCAUAUAUCGGGCCGCAGCUGAAGGUUGCAUUGAGACUCUUGAGGUAUGCAUACACUAGGUAUUUAUUAUUAGUGUUCACCAAAUCAGUGGAUAGCAAUUUUUGCGCUUUCUGAUUGGCUCCUGUAACUAGGAAUAUCCUUGGAUAUUCACUGUUUUGGGACGGGAUUCAAAAUGGCUUCUCGUUUCGCGGCAGUUUCGAAGGAUGAAAUGUUAGCGGUAAAUGAAGCAGCUGCACCAACAAAUACCAAGAAACAGACAAAAUUUGCCUUGUCGGUGUUUACUGGUCGUUAUAAUUUUUUUUUUUGCAACAAAAUCAUAAAAAAUGAUCGCCGAGUCAACUGAAACGUAAACAAACUCUAACUAAGUGACGUCUUUUAUUUACAAAAAGUUCCGUUUUGAUUUUUAUCCAACUGAUUUGGUAAAGACUAAAACAACUAUUCCCCUCAGUGUCGGUUCAUAGCGCUAAAUAUACCACCACCAAUAUUCACCUCCUCGUCGGGGGAUAGUUGUGCACUAAUUUGUUUUGUUUGGUCGGAAUACAAUUCAAGAAGGCGCCUAGAAAAGCAAAGUGGCCCCACGAGGCCUAGACUACGGGUCGUCCCUCAUUUUCCCUCAGGGAUAGUAGAGCAAGUGACACACGAGCGCGCGUGAAAAUCCGGCACCACACGCGAGAAAGGCCAUUUUGCUCUCUGUCUCUCUCAUCGCCGCGUCUCGCCUUUCUCGCGUGGGGUGAAUUCACGCGCGCUCGUGUUUCGUUCGCUCUAUCUUAGUCUACAAGAACCCCAGACUUGAGCUGUUACGAAAUUUACCAAAACUGCCCCGGCUUACGGAUAUUACGCAGCACCACAGUCCCUGCUAAUUCCUUUUCUCACCUCUUUAUCUCUGCCGCUCGGUUUCUUUUUUCUUUUGUCCUUCAGUUUCUUCUUAAAUCUGGCAAAGGCAGGUCACUUGUCGAGGAGUAUGACAAGUAUGAGAACACUCCACUACAUGUUGCAGCCAAAAAAGGAUAUGUUAGAAUUGUCCAAGUAAGUUCUUAUAGCAGGGUGUCAGUGAAAGCCGCAACAGGCCUAAAACUCCCCGUAACACCCCGGAUCAUCCCGGAAUACUGCGGAACACCCCCCUGACGGGCCAGACCGCCCCGAACACCCUCAAUUACAAAAAGUAGGCAAAAAAAUUAGAAGAUCCCCCAAAGAAAUCUAAAAAAUCAUGUUUCGGGGAUGUUCCGGAAGUGUUCCUGGGUGUUCUGGGGUGUUCCGGGCCUGUUCCUGGUUUUACAGACACCACUAAUAGCUUGCGUGGCAGGCACCGGUUAGUUUUUAAGGUUAUUUUUAAUUUUAGAAUUUGUUCAUGCUUAGCGUGCGUAUAUCGAGUUAUGGAUGCACGCGGGAAGUUUGGAGAGCACGAAAGAUGCGUAAGAGUUGCUUGAGGCACAGCCGAGAGCAACUCUAGCUUCUUGAGUGCUCUCUAUACUUCCCAAGUGCACCCAUAACUCGAUAUACGCACAGCUAAAAGCAUGAGCAAGUUCUUUUAUAACAUAGCUGCCAAAAUUGCUUGCUUUUUGAUUAACUGCAAAAUUCUCGUAACGCGCGACACAGAAAAAUAAACGCUUCUAUUGGCUGGUUACAAACACACCACAAUCCUCGACUUUGAAAGAAAAUUCUUUCUGUAAAACUGAGAAAGAAAAUUUGCUUUUUUAUUCCUUAACGAUCAAUGGAAACUAAGCAGAAACAAAGGUAAAAGAGUCUUAAAGUCCACCUAUAGUUAAAAAUACUCACAUGUUCGUAAGAAUUCGUGGAGUAUGGUUUGGAUUCGCUGAAAAGAUGUUUAUGUUUUGCUCGGCGAAAUCCAGAAAACUUGUUUUUAGCGAAGACGACUGUCAUCCUUCUUUAUAUUCAUUUACGAACAAUGGCUGGUCGUUACGGCUUCUUGAGAAGACCUGGCAACAAUUUGUGAGUAAUAAAUUUAUGUCUUCUUGUGUAAUUUGUCUUGUUAUUGCAAGAAAAAUUUCCUGCUUCAGUAGGAUUGUUCGGCGAUAACAAAAGUGCAUAAUUUUUCGCUACUUUGAGCUUACUUCAUAAGUAACUUGUUUUGUAAAGGAUACUUGGUACUUAGGAUAAAGAGACGAAAAACUGACACAGCUGAACACGUCAUCAUGAAAAAAAAUCAUUAUUUACGCACGAGCGUGCGUAAAUAAAGAUUUUUUUCGUAGCGGCUCAAUAGGACUUAUAUAGGGAAUGCAAGCGCGCUAUUUUAUAUUAGUAUAAUUCCAUUGAUGAUUAUCGAAAAUAGAGCGCUAUGAUUCGCAAGGAGCUUCGCUUCAUCCCGCUAUAAUCACGGCGCGGUGAUUAAAGCAUUGAACGCCAGCAGUUUUUAAAAUGGCAGCCAGAUUUAAUGAUGUUUCGGAGUCGGAAAUUGAUCAAUAAUUUUAUUUUCUCGAAUAAUCACCACUGCAUUAUUAUACUAAAACAAUUAGUCGCCUCGGGCGACAUGAAUAUCGGCGAAUAGUCACCUCGACUUCGUCUCGGUGACUCUUCGCCGAUAUUCACGUCGCCUUCGGCGACUUAUUCUUAAAUAGCCACUUUGAGGUUGCACGGGAGGCCGAGUUGAGAUUGUUUCAAAGUGCAUUGUGGGACUGUUUUAAGAAACGCAUUUUCAACAUGGCGGCAAAUUCGUCCCACAAUGCACUUUGACAACCAUCUCGACCCAGUCUCCAGCGCAACCUCAAAGUGGUUAAUAGAGCUCGCGUCCUCGAUAUUGGUCCUUUUUGCCUUAAAAAAGAAACAGCUCCUGCUACGCAGGUAAAGUUCCAACUACUGCACAAGGCUUUUUUCCUUUAAUUGGGGACAAGGAAGGUAAUGCUUUCUUUCCGACGUCAGGGCCGUACCAAAAUUAUCUUCAAAAGCUAGGAACUUAUAAUUGCGACCGGCAAUGGAGGCCAAACAGACAUACAUGCAACCUUUAUUACUUUUACAAACGGUAAGAAUCAGAAUAAGAUUUCAGAUUAUGUGUUCGCCGAAGAGCGUAAGGUGAAGACUGUAGGCGUAGUAAGGUGUACAUGUACGUAGACUCAUGGAGUGCUAGGCCAGUUGCUCAUCCAGUGGCGCUUGGUUCUAAGUGGUUCAUUUUUUUAUUUUCUUUUAGCUUCUUCUGGACAAUGGGUGUUGCAUUGACUGUAAAAACGAUGGAUCCCUAACGCCACUCCACUUGGCGGCCAAAUUUGGGCGGAUAAGGUAACACUGGCAGUUGGCGUCAUAUUCAGUCUAGAAAUUUAACGAGAAAGCACUCUCUACUCAGCUUCCUUGUGUUCGCUUUAGCCCUUCUGCUAGACGGAAUGUUGAGGGCCUCAUAAAUCAGAUCCGUGCCUAAAAAGGCGCACGGAUCAUAAGUUUUAAAAAUUUGAUCCUGGUUCUCCUAGUGACAAAUUACAGGCUUCUCAGGGCAAAGCGCUAAAUUUAGUAGUAGAUACUGACGAAACACAGCCUAAAGGCCCCGCUCACUAGUCUGAUUACUUUCCCUUGUUUCCGCGUAAGAGAUCAUUAAAACGGAGAGGCUAUACACUUCUUCACCGGCUAUCCCCACGGGUUGUUUGAACCAAAUAUGGUGGCCCGUUAGAGUAAGCGCUCAAGCUCGACGUUUUUAAAAGGAAAAUAGAGGAAGUUAGUGGGCUUAGGAUACACCUUUCCUCUCUACUGGUAUGGGUUGACAAAACUGUUUGCUACGUAGUUAUACAAAAGGUGACCAUGAUUUCUUAGCGCGACGACUUUACAGGAAAAUAGAGGGCAUUAGUGACCUUAUAAAGAUACACCGUUUCUCUCCACGGGUACGGACAGAAGAACAUGUUUGCCACGUUAAACGUAGUUAUACAACAGGUGACCAUGAUUUCCCAGAGAUGAUAGUGGCAUCAACCAUUCUACCCGGUAGCCUACCCGUUUCUCCGCGGGGUAAGAGGCAAUCUACCCGUAUUCACCGCUGCGCGUACAGGUUAUUUACCCGUACCCGUACCCGUACCCGUACCCGUACCCGUACCCGCACACGGAAACGCUUCUGUAUCUUAUGGUCUCUAUUAAACAGUCGAGCUGGUCUCAUAAUUAUAUAUUAACUUGUGGCCAUUUUACAGAACAGUUUGUGCUCUUCUGAAGAGGGAUAUGUCCAUAAUAAAUGACGAAGAUGAUGCUUCCAACACUCCGCUACAUGUAGCUGCACUAAAUGGCAAUGACAAAGUCGCUAAAGAAUUGCUUGAUAGAGGAGCUGCUAUCGAUGCAAGGUGAGAAGAAGAUCAUGACUUUACCCCGGAGGUUACUUAUUUUUUGCUACGGACGAAAAAUCCUUUCACUGAAUAACUCCACCAAAAGCACCCUUAAAAUUAAAAUUAUUUCUUAACGGAAAAGCAUGUUGUGUGUUUUUAGGCCCAGAGCCGAAGGUAGAAGUGGUGAAGUUUUUCUAUCCUAGCUGUCCAAUCCGUAAUUAUCGAACUAAGCAGAGUAACUGUUAACAAAAACGCAUAAAAGGGACAGUGAUACAAAUCACGUAGCCUGCGGAGCUGGCAGUUUGUUUGGCGAGAGGGAAAAAAACGCUGCGAAAGCGCGCGCACAGCUUGGCCGCUCACUUGCGCGCUCGACAAAGAAAACUGCCAGCUACGCAGCAAAUCUAGUCGUUAUUUUGCCAAUAAACACAAUUUGAUUAUUAAAGAUCAUUAGCCAGGCACUUUCCUUGACCGGAUUUUUCCCAAGGUCAUACAAGCUGUGCAAUCGCUUUCUCUAAAUAUCCGAAGCUAUAAAUCGACAUCCUACGAAAGUUCGUAGUCAAUACUUCUAACGGAUCUUUGUGCACAGGAAUGCCAACUUAUGGACGCCGUUGGAUUGUGCGGCAGCAAAGGGCUGGGUGGAUGCAGCCACUGUUCUUCUUGAUGCUGACUGUCCUGUGGAUCCUACUGAUAAAGCCAAGGUAAAAGGAACAUGUAACCUCGCUCCCAGGGUUCUCUCCUACCCGCCGGAGAGAACCCUGGGAAUGAGGUUCACACUUGAGAUUCAACACUUGUUGAAUAAGAUUACUUGCAAAGGGCAACGCCCUUAUAACUAAUGGAGAAUAAAAAGGAAAUGAUGAAACUUCGAUUGUGAGUCUUGAAUCGCGGCAUGUUUGUUAAACGCAACGAAAAUCAGCUUUGUGUUUACAUGACAACUAAACUGGCCCGGUUAGCUGGGAUCCCGGUAUCGAAAUGGCGUAAUACUACGAUGAAAGUCACCCUACUCGGCAACUCUGGCCAGCCUGUCUCUUAAGUCUUCCUUUUUUUUCAGACUACCCCACUUCACCUUGCUGCACGUGAAGGCCACGUGGAGAUGGUAAAACUACUUUUGUCAAGGAAAGCUAACAUUACAUUGACGGACAGUGCUGGAAGAAAUUGUCUCGAUAUGGCCGUUGAAAAUAAUCACAAGUAAGUACUUAAAUACAGGCUAAGAAAAAUUCAAGAAGCAAAUGCCUCAAGGAUUUGUAAACACUUUGAAACAGCGACCUUUAGAUCCAAAAGUUAUGGCCCAGCGCCUUUGCUUCGCAUUUCUUAAGGUGAUUCCCUAGUAAAAGAACCUAACAUAGAUUGUAGAUAAAACUUGAUACACUGACGUAACAAGUCAAGAAGAUGAUAAAAAAGUAAUAAAAAUUGGGGGUCACCGUGCUCGUUUUGACGUCACAAUGCUGACAAAUACGGCUAUUUUGGACCCUUUGACAAAAACCGCGCGCAGCCCAAAACUAGACAAAAAGGAAAGAUUUUUUCAAUGAUGCAUGUGGUAUCGCACAGAAUUUGACUUUAAUGUAUUGUUUAUCCACUUACGUACCAGAAAAAUGCCUUUUAAUGCCCUUGUUUUUACUUUACGCUCCAAAGUAGAAUUAAAUUGGACACGCGCUAUUCGACACGUGAUAGCUCAAUCCGUACAAUUUAGUAAAAUUGCCAAAAAACUGAACAUAGAUUUGUGCCAAUUUUUUUCUCACCGAAAGGAAGCACUGUCCUUAUUAAAAUCAUGAAAUAAAAAAUGGGGUCACCGUACUCGUUUUUGCGGUAGAGCUGCAGAAAGUGCGCACCAAAUGCUUUUCCUUGAUUUUUGAGAGAGGACUGGGGCGAGUUUCAAAAUAGAAUGUAUGUGAAAGGGGGAAGAAAGUAGUAAAAAAUCCGUUUUUACAGAAUUUACAUGGAGAUAUCACAUCUAGGACACAAUGUGAUAAAGAAAGCGUUUAAAUGAAAAUCAAAGUGAAUAAGCACAAAUUAAACAUCCACUAUCGAGGUUCUCCGUGAGGAAGUCGAACCCAGCAACACGCGUACUGCUUACGUUAUGCACAUUUCCACCACACUGAGUCUCACCUCGGCAAGAAACAACUGCAAGCAAAAAUUGCAAUAACGUUUCUCUUCGGUCAACUUCAUUUUAAUAAUGUUACUUCACAUGCUCUUUUUUACGGAGGCCAUCUUGUUAUGCGCAGUAAGAGAUGCGCAUUGCAAAACCAGGGAAUCACCUUAAAUUUUAUCCUAUUUAUUUAUUUUGUUGUUGUUGCUGUUGUUGUUUGUUUACUUCGUGUUAGAUAUAGUUUGUUUAUGGUAGUCCCGAGUUCAUCUUGUCGUUUUCCUGGUACUCACACCAACUUUGAUUAAGAGAAAGUACUCUGAAGAUGAGGUGAACUGCGGAAAUACAAAUUUCAAUGAAGACAUGAUCAUCGUAAUUGUAAUUGCAAUUUUAACUAUUGCAAAUUACCGUAAAUCCUCUAUUAUUUUUUUCAAGCAUUUUUGAGGGGAGGCGUAAAAGAGGGGGGGAGGUGGGGGUGGGCUUAUUUAGUUUAGCGAAACGUAUCAACGGGAGCAAGAUUUCUCGAGGACGGACUUGUGGCAGUUCCCGGGCGUUAUACUGCUUUUUCUAACGAUAAGAAAAUGGUAACAACUCUCCACAGAGAACUAGAGCGUAAAGUUGGAAAAGUUGGGGGUCAUGCGGCGGAAGACCAAAAAUAAUAUGAAUUUCCAGCCUCAAUAAUAAUAAUAAUAAUAAUAAUAAUAAUAAUAAUAAUAAUAAUAAUAAUAAUAAUAAUAAUAAUAUUUAUAGAGGGAGCCCAACUCUUCAAGGCGGUUUUCAGUGGGGCCCUCAUGCAUUAAUCUAACUAAUUAAUUAAUAAUUACGAAAAAAGUAGAAUAUGUUUACAAGUAAAACAAAUUUAAAAAUUUAAAAUCUUAAAAUCGAUUAUACAAAAAAAUAUCAAGGUUUAAAAUUAGCUGAGAUCUUUUUAAAAAGUUUUUAACUUGGAUUUAAAAAUAGAUAAAAUAUUACACUCUUUUAAAUCAUUUGGAGGGCUGUUCCAGUCUUUCGCGGCGUGAAAAAUAAAAGUUUGUUUACCCCAGUUUGUUCUGGGUAGGGGUAAGCGAAUAUCAUUAGAGCGUCUUGUAUUAUAUGAAUGAACAGCUUGACUUUUAGUAAAAUUAAAGUUGAAAUCGGUUUCUCCAAUAAGACACUUGUAGAUUGCAAUGCAGCGAUGAAAAAACCUUCUUGUGGACAGUGACUUCAAAUCUAGACUUUUCAGUGCUUCAGUUGACGAGCUUCGGGGUGGUUGCCCCAGCAUAACUUUAGCAGCUUUAUUCUGUAGAAUCUGUAAUUCUGACAUGAUGGUGUCAUUGUUCUUGUCCCCCCCAUAUAACGUCUCCGUAAUCAAAAAGAGGGAGGAUUAGGGCAUUGUACAAGGCAACUCUAGCUUGUAGCGGCAAUAGAUUCCUGAUUCUCCUAAUUAGGCCUAUUCUCUGAUUAAUCUUCAUGCUGAUAGCAUCGACAUGAUCUGCCCAGGACGUAGACUGUUGAAGCGUUACGCCUAGGUAUUUGAAUGAUUGUGUUCUUUCCAUGCUAGUGCCCUCUACUUUAACCGAAAUGCCUUGAAUACGAUUCAGUUUCUGAGGACUUCCAAAGAUAACAAAAUUACAUUUGGAUAUAUUUAGUGUCAGGAGAUUUCUAGAGAACCACCCAGACACUGUCCCCAAGUCAGCAUUGAUGUGAUGUUCAAGAUCACUGACGCUUUUGGAUGAGUAAUAGAGUACAGUAUCGUCUGCAUAAAGAAUAAUAUCGCUUGCCAGGUGACAGUCCGGAAGAUCAUUCACGUAAAUUAAAAACAAUAAAGGUCCCAAUAUACUGCCUUGGGGUACUCCAAUAGGCAUUUCGGUAGAUGCAGAGUCAGUGUUCUCACCAGGAUUUUGCCUUGGGGAGUCCCAGGGCCCCCUCUUCUGAGAAACAGGGGCCCUGUAAGAACAUUAGGGGGACAAAGUUACAUAAAACACGCGGUACGAAGAACCUGAGCCCGCACUCCAAAUUGUCUGUUACAUGAAGUACCUACCUGAUCCAAUAUGGCGGAAGAGGUGUUUACGAUUCGGAGGAGGAGUUUACGAUGUAGUGGGACGUGCGUGGGACCAAUGAAAGUAAAGACAACAAAAGACUUUGACUCAUUUGAUAUCAUGUUUUUUUAUUUAUUCAGACAAACAGAAUGCUUUAGUGUUAGGGUGACCAUUAAAACUACUUAAGUCCGUUUGACUCGUAGCUUGCCCCUGCGCCCUAACGGGCGCAUCUUCUUGGUUUUAAUGCGCCAUUUCAGUUUUUUCUUGCGGGAAUCCCGCAAGGCCGCGGCCUGGUGAGAACACUGCAGAGUGAGCAUCUCCAACUGAUGUAAUUUGAGAUCUGUUUGUGAGGUACGAUCUAAACCACUGGGUGGUAGAGGUGGUAAGACCGAUGUGCGUCAAUUUUUGCAGCAGCAGGGGAUGAUCCACUGUAUCGAAGGCCUUAGACAGGUCCAGAAAAACAGCACCUGUAAAGGAACCAGCGUCCACAUUCUGGAGGAUAUUGUCUGUGAAAUGAGAUAGGGCUGUUCCAGUUGAUAACUUCGGUCUGAACCCAAAUUGCUUAGAUGUAAGGAUACCAUUGUUCUUAAGAUAAACGUACAGUUGGGUGUGCACGGCUUUUUCUAGAAUUUUACUGGUCGUUGGCAGCACAGUAAUGGGUCUGUAAUUGUUAGCAUCACAGCGAUCACCUUUCUUGAAUAACGCUGCCACUUUUCCAAAUUUCCAAAGAGAAGGAAAGGUGCGAGUUUCCAGGGAAAGAUUAAAUAAUCUAGUAAGACUGGCACUGAUUACUGAGGCUGAAUCUUUCAGUAGACGAGCACUGAUAUUAUCUAGGCCAAUGGCUUUAUUGGUUUUGAGCUGCUUAAGCUGACGAAGAACGAAGUCUUCCGUAAUUGGCUCCACGUUAAUUUUUUGUAAAGUAUAACGAUGGAGGAGACGGGUAGGGGGGAGUGGGGGGGCUUAUUAACUUUCCUCAGCUGAAAAGGGGGGCUUAAUAGAGGAUUUACGGUAACCCGAAAAACAAGAUUAACUCAACAAUUUGGCCUGCUCCCAGUGUAUGGGUCUUCAUAGCUCAAUUGGUAGAGCACUGCAGCGCUAUCGUAGAGGCCAUCGGUUCGAAACUCGUUAAAGUCCCGAUUUUUUUUUUUCGGGUUAAUUUGAAAUUGCUUGGAUUACAAUUACCACUGCGAUAAUCAUACCUUCAUUUAAAGAAAGUACUCUGGGACGGGGCGUACACUGUCCGUCCCUUAGUCGAAAAGAGUAGAGGAUCUAUUUCCGUUUGUAGAUGUGAAACGAUUUCAAGCAGUUAUCACUCUCUCAUAGAAAGCUCAUGUAAACCAUAGUGAUAUAACGUCCUUUUUUUCCAAAGGGAAGUAGCACUUGUUAUUAUUCAACACAAGGAUUGGAGACAAGCUAUGCGCAACAAGACCAAAGAAGGAAACUUUAUUAACACACCGAUGAGAAAGCUUAUCAAAAAGCUACCCGGUAAGUGUUCCAAUGUGGCAGCUUUUACCUUCAUCCUUUUUAGUUUUUCCACUCAAAAAUAUCGUGAUAUGUAUUAUAAUUCCUAUUCCUUUUGACUUAAUUAAUGGUUUUGAAGCCUGGUUUGCAUGCUUAAAGCCCCGUGCAAACAGACGCAACAUUGUUGGAUGUUAAGUGUUACGUCCGUUUGCACACCCUGUUGCAUGUUGUUGCGUGUUGUUAUAAUAAUUUAAUAAUAAUAAUUUAUUACAUUUAAUAUAGCGCUUUAACUAUUAAAAUAUUCUAAAGCGCUUUACAAUAUGUACAAGAACAUAAAUAUAUAUAUACAAUAAAUGGGAAGAAAUAAUAAUAGUAAUAAGAAUAUUAAAUUACAAAUUAAAAGCUUUCUUAAAAAGAUAAGUAUUCAACUGCACUUCAAAAGAGUCAAUGUUCAUACAGUUUCUAAGGCUAGAUGGCAGAAAUAAUAAUAGUAAAAGAAUAUAAAAUUACAAAUUAAAAGCUUUCUUAAAAAGAUAAGUCUUCAACUGUACUUUAAAAGAGUCAAUGUUCCUACAGUUUCUAAGGCUAGAUGGCAAAGCAUUCCAUACUGAUGGUCCAGCAUGGAAAAAGGCUCGAUCGCCAAAAGUCUUCUGUGUCACCUUAGGGAUUACAAGCAAUGUUUCAGAAUCAGACCGCAGGCUGUAACCAGUUCUAGGCUUUACAACAAGUAGUUGAGAUAAAUAUUGUGGCGCCAGGCCGUUCAACGUUUUAAAAACUAAAAGCGCAAUCUUAAAUUCUACUCUAAAUUUCACUGGCAACCAAUGAAGUUCCCUAAGUACCGGAGUAGUAUGGGCAAACUUAGGAAUUAAGCAUGUAACCCGAGCCGCCGCAUUAAGAACUUUUUGAAGUCGGUCAUAUUGAUAUUGCUGAAGCUUAUACAAAAGAGCGUUGCAAUAAUCUAAAAGUGAUGUAACAAACGCAUGAAUUAAACACUUUGUUGAUUCUGCAGACAGAUAUUUCCUAAUUUGCCUAAUAUUAUAAAGCCACCUAAAAGCCUUACUACACACCUUUCCUAUAUGAGUAUUCAUAGACAUAUGGUUAUCAAACCAUGUGCCAAGAUUUCUAACAUGCUUAAGGGGUUGAAUGUCACAGUCACCAACUUUAAUUGAAGCCAUGGUAACCUUAGAUAACUGCUGCGACGAACCGAUUUGUUGCGCAAAGUUUGAAACCGGUCAAACUUUUCAGCCAACAACUCCCAACAUUUCUUUUGUUCCGUGAUCGCCGAAGCGUAGCGCAACAAUGUUGGAUGCGUUUGCACAGUUCCUCCAACAUUGUUGGGGCCACGCACGCUCAUUACGCAUGGAUUACAAAGACUUACGGGUUGUAUUCUUCACACGAUGCACUGCAGGCCUCAAACUUGUUGGGAGUUGUUGCAUCCGUUUGCACACCAAUGCCAACACGCACGCAACAACUCCCAAUAUUGUUGGCGCAACAACGUUGGGAGUUGUUGCGCCCCGUUUACACGUAGCCUAAGAUUUUCAAGAAACAGUUAAUCGCAAUGACUCUGUACUUCAUCUGAUAUGCGCACUAAUGUGUUUUGUAGAAACCUCGGUUUUCGUGUUGGAAGAAACCGCAUCAAGAGCUCCGCGUUAUGCUGGCAUUUUCCGAUUGAUUGCGACCGUCUAUUUUCUUCCAAGUUAAUCUGAACUAAGCGUUCUCGAAAAGCUUCUUUUUCUAUUCGCACACAAUAAGAAGCUAAUUUCCGUCUUCAAAAACAGGUUCUUAUUAUAUCUGUUUCUGAAAUGCUUCGCUUAAUCCGUUUGACCAUUUUAGUGUGGGUAUCAGCUGGGCCAGAACGCAUAAAAAUUGAAUAAGUGUGUCACAUGAACGGGUGAAUUUUAAAAUAGAAUCACAAGUUGCGUCGUCAUUCAAGAUUGCGCCCACAACUCUAUACAUAAUAAAAUCAAGGAUCAAGCGCCAUUUUCGUAGCCUUGCCUACAAGUCGGGUUUUGAGCGAAAAGGUUUCGAUUCCUUACUGAUGCACAGCAUCAAGCUCUUUCCCGGUUUUAUCUUCUCGUAUCGUAGAGGUUGCAGAGAAAGUCUUCAAUCGCUGCGUCAAGUCGAAUGGGUACCCUGUAGACCAUCCACAGUACGCUAUCACCCUUAGCUAUGAGUUCCUGGAUGACGUCAGUCUUGAGUGGGCAGGAUUUAUGACGUCAGAGACAGUUGAGCAUGAGGAGAGUGGCUUAGAUGCUGUCAUGUAUAAAAUCAAGUCAGCCUUACCUGAGAACGCCAGCAAGCAAGUGGAAAUAAAAAGCAACCAUCCUCUGAUGCUUAUGGUAAGUGCAUCAAAGAAUCCGGACUAACGACAAUCCAUUCCCCUCUCCUCACGUUUCGUCUCUAGCGGUGAGGAACGAGGGGAUACGGCUCUAUUCACAGGCUAACAAAGAAAACCAACUGGUUGCUCAGGGGAGCGGUUCUUUUUUUACGAGAGUUUUUAAUUCAAAGUACGUUAGUGUGCUACUGAAAUUCCUUUAAGGAGGGAAUGCGCAAACAUUUGUUGAAAUUCCGUUCUUGUAUUUUAGUCAGUUGCCAUUUUAAUUCGACCACCUACAAGCUGUAUGUUUGAGUUUUCGAUAGAAACUGUCUUGCUGAUUCUCAGCACUUUUACGAAAAAAGGAUCAUAGAGUGGCUGAUGUGUUUCUUUCAGGUCACAAAAGAGCGUGUAAAACUACUCAGCCAUCCCCUUGUAACGUACCUACUUCGCUAUAAGUGGCGUAGCUUUGGCCGUUAUGUGUAUUACGGCCGGUUAAUCCUGUAUGGAAUAUUCCUGUUUUUCCUGACUGGCUACGCUAUGCAUACAACCAAGAGCAUACCGAUGACUGUGUGCAAAGAGCGUGAGUGCACGUGCAAUGUGACCUUUGAUACUGGAACCACAGGGAGCCGAGUGGUGUGGAGAAAGAUUGGUCUGCCUGUGAUUCUUAUAACAACGUCUAUUAGUAUAUUUUUAGAGGUACGUAAUCUACAUAGUUAUAGGUAGUAGAACAGCAAGACUUUUUGUCUUGAUGCCCUUCAUGUAAAAUGUAUUGAGUAUCGUGUUUUAACAUGUCUACAGCUAUUCGAGAAAGGAAAAAAUAGUCGGAAAAAUAGUGCACGCGACAAUCCCGAAAGGUGAUAUGGGAUAUCAUCAUUAUACAUGUACACUGUUCCUGACACCGUAGCUGUCGAACUUAUUUUUGUUGCUUUCCUUUAGCACUCGCAAACAUAUAUUGAUGGCCUUUCGUGUCAUUCUUCUUUCAAUUUCUUUGAAGAACAGUCAACUCAAAAUCAGCCACAAUACAUUUCGGGAUUGUCGCGUGUACGUUUUCCUACAACCUUUCUCGAAAUAGCUGUAUAUUACAAGUUAAACCUGGUGAAAAAGGCUGAUUUUCGCAACGAGUCUGCCAGUACCUCUCCAAAACGGCCAUCUUAGAAACAGAGGCAAGUGGCCGUUAUUAGAGAGGUGGUUUUAGGAGCACUUAUAGUAAACAUUGUCUUGACCCACGGUUGGGUCCAAACUAGAAUCUUUGCGUCUUUCUUGAUUUUGAUUCAUUUAAUAAGUCCAUGUUUUUGCCAUUCUGUUUGUUUCCUUUGUGGUGUCCCUCUCGUGACUUGUUAUGCAAUUCGUAGCCACUGUAGGAGCAGUUGCAAAUUGAAAUACUUGAGACGCUGCACCUUUUUGGUGCUUAGAUGGCCUAUGCAAUAGACUAUAUUGUGCUUGUGACCCACACUCCCCCACAACUCCCUUAUCAAAGUUGCUAGCAAUACUAUACCAUACUAAAAUCCUGUAGGAACAGCUUUUAAUGUAGUGGAGGGAGGGGGUGAGAGUUAUAUCUUACAGAUGUGUGACAAGUAGCGUUUUAAAAAGGCCGGUUUUUCGUUGGAGUGUCUCAACAUUUUUACAACAGGUUGCAGCUUGCUACACGAAGUUGUUUUGACUAUGAACUCGCACUCUUUUCUUCAUCAAGUCCAACUCAGCAGAAUCCCAAUCCGUGAGAAUUUAUCUGAAGUCUUACCUUCUGUUCGUUUUGUUUGUAGAUUAUUCAGUUUUGCUAUGUGUGGAGGCUUAUCUUACAAUGGAAUAGACUUAUUGAAUUGCUAGCUUAUAUCUUUUCUAUGGUUUACGUCGUGGAUGACUUGCAACUUGACGAUACAAGCUUUACGAUAUCUGAGGGAUCAAGGCAAGUUAAUAAUAAUAAUUAUGAUAAUAAUAAUAACAACAUAAUAAUAAUAAUAAUAUAUUUUUUUUAAUAAAAAUAAUAAAUCUUUAUUACAAAACCUCAAUUAAAAUCCUAUUUACAAUCAACCUGCUGUUACAAAAAAUCUAAUUAAUUCAUCAAAACACUAUCUACAAUUCCAGAAGAAAGAAAGUAUUCAAUUACAAAUUCUUACAUAAAAGAAGAGGAAAUAGAUAUAAUUUUAUUAAUAAUAAAAGUUCAAAAUUCUAUAAAAUAAAGAAUUCCAUUAUGCAGAGAUAUUAAGAUCAUACAAUCGAAUUAUACUAAUGACGGCUAAACCAGUGUCCAUAAAGAGCCCUAAGUAUAAAAACAUAUAGACACGUAUUUCAGAUAUCCGCACUAGCGACAUUUAUUUCACAGUCUAAUGAUUGCUCUAUCUUGCUACGAAACGUGUACGGCGUUCGCGAACCUCUGACGCAUGCAUGUACCGAUCUUAAGAGUUCAAACGAGAUCUGUGUCCUGAGCCAAGUGAUUACAACAUGAUAAGGCUCGGUGUCUUUCUGAGCUAUCUUGUCUGCGAGAUGCUUUAAGAACCGCUGACACUCGUUUCCCAUUCCGCCAUUGGUUCCAAUAAUAAUAAUAAUAAUUAUGGUAAUAAAGUUUUUAAAGAUAAAAAUACAUAUGUAAGUGUCAUUACAAGUGUAAUUAAUUAAGACAUUUUACGUCCAGUAAAAAAUGCAAAAAGAUAAAAAGUAAGAAUUAAAAUCUAGUAUACUACAAAGCUAAUUCGUAUCUCAAAACCAAACGGUUAAUGAAAGAGUUUUUAAAACGCAUAGUAUUAAAUCUUAGGUUCAUAACAAGCCAAGUUUCUUUCUUAAGAUGGUAGCUAGACGGUUUGACACGAGGCAUUAUAGAUAAGUGUGGAUGUAGUUCACUACUAUAGCCAAGCCAAAGCUAGGGCUUUCAAACCAUCUUUGAGUGCUUGCGAUAUUUGAAAUAUUUAAGAGCUGCAUUACCGGUCACAGUAACAAAUCUUUCUCAAAACUGAUCUUGCCUCACAAAAUUUAUGGAACAAGUGCUUUUUACUGCGUUUUAUGACUUACCUUGUUCUCACUUAAUUUCGCGAAAUUUAAUGCUCGCGAAAUCUAAAAAUCCCUAAAAAUCCCUAAAAAUCCAAAAAAUCACGAAAUAAAAUACUCGCGAAAUUAAGCGAGAAAUAGCUGGCUGCAGCAGUAGAAAAAGGUGUACUUAAAAGGGCUAUGGCACGAGGUUAUUGCCGUUUUGGGUCAAUUCUGUGCUUCGAAGUCUUUACUUACUACCUUUAACCAAACACGAAAUGACCAUGUAGCGUUAUGAAGGAGAUAUCAAACAAAUGUCAUCAGGAACCACCUAAAAUAUGAACUUUUUAGGUGAUUAGAGAUUAAGAUUCACGUUUACGCCAAACGGCAAACGUGAAUUUGUACCACGUGACCAAGUUUUUUCCUUAAUUGUCGGUAACUGUUUAUUACUGCAACUAAAAAAUAAGUAGUUUCACGCCACUUUUAUACAUAAGAAUUGUUCUGGACUGUUUUUAUCUGCUUAUUUUCUAUUCUAAGAAAUUCUCAACUUGAAUCUGACGUUUGCCGCUUGGCGUAAACGUAAACGUCUAUUAAUAGUAUUAAAACGUGAAAAGAGCUGACCCAACGUAUUCAAUCAAGUUUCAAUCCAUGCCCAUCAUUGCUAUCCGUAGCAACAGACGACAGGAAGAAGUUUCAAUGCCUAAAUGCAGUCGUAAAUGAUAAAACUGGACCAUUAUUUUGGAAUUACAUUGAUGCGAAAAAUUUUUUAGCUUUUUGAAAAGGUAGCAAAUCACGUGAAAUAGCACCUAUGAACAUAAAUAUAUUUUUGAUUACAUUUCCAGGUGCUUUGUUUAUCACAACAGUGUAGGUGCGACCGCAGUCUACCUGUCCUGGAUUGGCCUUGUUCUUGUCAUGCGCAAAUUUCCCAAGCUUGGAAUUUAUGUGGUGAUGUUCACAGAUAUAUUCAAGACUUUUGCUCAGUUCUUCGUAGUCUGUUUCCUGUUUAUUGUGGCCUUUGGCUUAGGAUUUCAUAUUUUACUAUACAAUCAGGUAAACUGUGCAUCUGCUUUCGUUAUAUUAUUGAAGAGAAGUUGCAACGGUUCUCUGAUUGUCUAAUGAAAUAUUAAUAGCAUGUGUUGAACACAACAUUUUUUGAAGACUUAAGGAACAAAUAUUCUUCGAUCCCUCCCUGGGAACAGACGCCUUGGGUACGUUUGAACUUGCCUAGUGCCUGCACGGCAUUUUCCCAGUCCCUCUCGGUCAAUUCACUUCGGUGACGUAUCCGAGGCCAACGCUCACAUUUUCGCCUGGACCACGUGACCCGAAACGAUUUGGGCGUGCGGAAUAAUGAGGCCUAGGGACUAGGUAAGGUUUGAAUGAGAAUGCUCGCCCGCCAGAACUCCAAUUGCACAUUUGUGUUUGUGUUCAAAAUAAUACCCCUGGCCCCGUUUGUUUAAACGUUGGAUAGCACUAUCCAGCAGGCCGCGGUUGUUCAAAAAAUACAUAGCUCUAUACCGGAUAAAUGGCUAUUCAGCGGUUAAGUAUUGGGGAAAUUAAUUGCGCUUUCCAGUGGAUAGUGAUUUAUCCAGUGGAUAGCGCUAUCCACCUUUGGAGCAGCUGGCGCCAGAUAAAUAACUAUCCAGCGGAUAAGUUCUGUACUGAUAAAGAUUUAUCCAGUGGAAAGCGUUACCCAGGUUUCGAACAACUAGGCCCUGUCCUUAAAAUACGCAACAUUUGAUCUCUAUUUCUAGAAACGUUUUACCACAACUUCCAAUCUUUUGCGCCAUUAAGAGAUAUUGCACCCUUUGCUUGGAAGUCUCGAAUGUGAAUACCCCUUUCUAAAGCAGGAUUCCCAGAAUCACCCAUCAGUUACAGGUCACAUAUCAUAUAAUUGAUUGACCGAAGCGGCUUGGACAUGUCCCAAGCCAGCCUUCCUUACAGAGUGAUCCGUCCUGUAAGACACAAUUUUGCCCUGAGGGAGAAGUAAGUAUUAAUUUUGAGUUAGGGGAGGGGUAGGUAAUCAGUCAUCUAAAAACCUCAAUUGAUCAGACUGAAAGACGCUCGUUUUCCAUCUGUAGGUGCCGUACUCCACUCCUGGCAGAGCCAUGCUAAAGACAACAAUGGGAAUGUUGGGAGAAUAUGAAUACGAUACAGUAUACAAUGAAAACGUGGUGCCCCCGGUCACGUGGAUAUUGUACGUAGCCUUCCUUGUCACCAACUGCAUUAUCAUCAUGAAUUUAUUGGUAAGUGACUGUCGGGAAAGAAGCAGACGAUCUAGAGGAUACGACCUGCAAAUUGAAUGGUGAAAAGACCAUUUCCAAAUUCCAAAAAUUCUUCCAAAGUGCAAAACCUUUCUAAUGAAAAUGAGUUUCAAUAGUCCUCUUUAGCUUGCAUGCUAGAGUAUUAUGACAGGUCUGUAUUGCGAAGACAAAACAUACAAACUAAAGAGGUCUGUUGCUUGAUAAUAAAAAAAAUAUUUUCGUUUUAAUGGCUUCACACUUGGCCUCGCUUUGAAACAGAGGCUGGGGCAAACUCGGUAAUGGCCCAUUUGUUGCGAGAUUAAGUGCAAAAGGGAAGUGUAAUCACGUGAUGCGAAAUUCGUCAUCCUAGUUUGGUACAGACAAAUACACUGCUGUUGGAAAAGUACCUUAAAAUGGAGUGGCGAGCGUUGAUGUUCUUCCCUGAAAUGAUAGCAUUUAUUUUUUAAAAAAACUCAUUCCUUUGCGUUUGUUUCCAAUUAAAGUUGAUUGAAAAGACUUGUUCCCUCUUUUUACAGUUCAACAGUAGAACCUCGGUCCGUGCUUUGUUCUUGUGAGUGACCUUUCCGCGUAAAAGAUGCCCAUUCAGAAUAGUCUGAUCAGAGGUUGCCUAAUAGGGUUCUUCAAUCCCAUCAUCCUAACCCAAAUUGUAGCUAAAUCCCGUAAUCCCCCGAUGGUUAUUGUUGCUAUCCUCCAUACUGUGAAUACUUGCAACCCGAAUAUCGCGCCAUGUUGCUUUAAAAACCCGAAUACCGAAUCCUGAGAGACCUAUUGGGGAACCCCAAAUCAGUUUUUCCAGUGGAAGCUCUGUAGUUAGAACCUCUCAUAAGAGGCCAUCUCCAAUAAGUAGCCACCAAAUCUUGGCGUUUUUAUUUGUUAACCAUAGGUUGGUCUGGCUGUAGACGAUAUCAAAGGUGUGCAAGAGAAAGCAGUACUCAAAAGACUGGCCAUGCAGGUUUGUCAAUGCAACGCAAAGUAACUGACAAACAAUGCUUAAAUGUUCACCACAACUUGCCAGCUACAGAGUGUUUUUUUCUUUUCCUCUUUGACAAUUAAAGAUAACUUUUCACCAUUGAUGGACAGUCAUAUCUCUUGCCCUCUUAAGGUAAAAUGGCCUGUUAAUUUUUGUUUAAUGUGUUCUCUUCUAACGGAAGUUUCUAGGUUUCCGAGGGCAUGCUUCUCUGGAAAAAUGUUAAAUUUUAGUCCUAUGUAAUGAGGUUUCUCGCAUUCUGGGGCUAAAAUUUUAGUUUUUCAGCUUCUAAAAUUCAGGAAAUUUUUUCUUUGUGCCAAUUGUACCUUUUCACUUGGUUGUGGUUUCUAUUUUAGAUCUUAGACAUUGACGGUUUCAGCUUUGGUGCUUUCACUGAACAUUGUGCGCUAGAUCUGCCCAGAGAAAACAAGUGUAGAAUGAAAUCCCUAGUUUUCAAGCAUUACUGAUAGAUUAAUGACUAAAUACAUUGUAACCUUACUUUAACACGAAUAUUCAGUUGCCAUAUACCACAAUUGCUCCCUGGCAUUGAUCUAAGGCAAAGUGUUUUCUUGAAAAUUUCUUUACUUUUCCGUGUACUAAAUGGUUUUGGCUUCUAGGUCUAUAUAUGAAUUAUUUAAAUUGAUCCAUAUUGUUCUCGGCGUUAUGUGCUACUGACACACAACGUAGAUACAGCUGUUUUAUUUUUUCUGGGGUAAUUUUAUCCUGUAAUCAGGUUGGUUUUAAGAAGUAAGUGUCCCAUUUUUGUGUAGGUUGACCUUGCUUUAGAUGUAGAGAAAGCUCUUCCUGCAAUGCUGAGACAACGGUUUGCCACAACUCAAGAAGUAGUUUAUCCAAAUGCUAACAGAUACUGGACAAUAUGGUCAUUUUGGAACCAGAAUGUCAGUCCCGCAAGAGCAAUUAACGAGGCAAUGAACCCAGAAAAGGUUAGCGAUUAUACGCUUUAUUUCCUCUGAUAUAGUAGUGAUAGUGAGGCUGGCGUGCAAUAAUGACCCCGGGAGCUAUAUCAGUUGCGGUUAGGAAGCGUAAAUGGCAUUAGAGACCUUUAGCAUAGGUUUUUCUUUGGAAACUGCAAACCGCGAACGGCAGUUUGCGGUUACGCGUUUGCAGUUUCACGUUGACAGUACUUCAAAUUUUAACCAAGUGUUCGUUGUUUGGUGGCACCACGUUGUUUUUCGUCAAGUCGCGGUGCUUCACUUUAAUCGCCUGAAAAAUAUCAAGAAUUCAUUGAUUUGAGUUCAAACAUCUAACUAGCACAUCACAAGCGGGUGUAGGAACCUAUCUUUUGCCUUUAAACGUGAGGCUGUACAAAUUUUUUGCCAAAAAUCACUUCCCGCUAGAAGCUCUUGCUGCCUUUCAAGACUGUGGUCACGUGAUCUUCUCAUGUUUGCCGUUAACCAUGAAAAACCUGAUGGUUAAGUCUCUAUCAUUAACAAAAUGAACCAGGUAGCCGUGACACAGCCUCUUCAUGUAUUUUUACGGCAAUAGUCCAUUGUUACUGUUUUUUAUUGUUUUCUAAGCCAAUCCUUGAGGCCUUGUAUAGCUUCGUAUCGCCCUUCUCUUUGCUAGUAUUUCAAUUUACUUUGGAUUACAAGGCAUUGCUUUACAAAAGAAAACACCUUUCAGGAACGUCUGUCAACGUUUUUUAUUAUUAUUUAUCUAUAUAUUUUUAUCAGACUCCAAUUGAAAAGCUACAGAAUCAUCAGGAGACUUUAAAAGACGAAGUAAUGACCCUAAAAUCAAAACUCAAAGCUGUGUUAGAUCAUACCACCCAACUGGAGGCCAUGAUGAAGGCCCUCAUGAAGCAUCACGGGAUAUCGGUAGAAGAGGAAGAAGAAGGCGAGGAUGACGACUAA